AUGUACCAGCCUGUGUCUGAAGUUGCAGCGAUGCAGAGCCCCAGUCGAUCUUUUUUGUCUGUGGGUGCCAAUGGAGACACACCGAACCUGCGAUCUGUCAUGGGUGCUGCGCUGGACGCAUACCUGUGGACUGAGAGGCAGCGAAGCGAAGAGGCCAGCGAGUUCAGCCUUGAGCUGAAGAAGUUGCGGGGCAACAUGCAGGACAUUGCAUCGGCUGCCCAGCAACGAAUCGCUGAAGAGGUCUCACAUUUGACUGGCGAGAUGAUGGCUAUCCGCGAUAGCAUUGCGAACGAGCUGCAGGUGCUGCGCGAAACGCAAGCGUCUGACAUCACCAAGCUGCGGGACUUCGUGGACGCCAGCAGCUGGAAGCUGCGUGAUCAGCAGACGGCCGACACGGGAAAGCUGCGAGAAGGCUUCCAGAGUGAAGUCAAGGCUCUUCGAGAAGAGCUUUCUCGGGCAUCCUCCUUUCGCUCUGAGUUCUCGACAAUCCGAUCGGCAUGGGACUGUCAUCUCGGAACACUGCGCACUGAGCUGAGCGCCGUGCGCAAGGAUCUCGACACCCAGAAGUCCGACAUGAGCUCCGGGCACGGCGCCUUGCGUUCGGAUUUCGACACGCACCGAAGCGAGGUGAGCGCUCUGCGCUCCGAGUUGACUUCGGCACGCUCGGAUGCCAGCUCCCUGAGAGCUGACCUGGACUCCUGUCGCGCUGAGGUGACCAACGUCCGAGCAGACUUGGGCGACUUGAGCCACCAACUAAGUUCGCAAGCUUCCGAGCUGAACGCCCUCCCGACAAACCUCCGCACCGAGCUCCGCACGGAGCUGCGUGCGGAGUUGGGCUCGCAACGCACGGACCUCACGGGCCUGCGCGGUGACCUGAGCUCCUUCAGAUCGGAUGUGGCCUCCUGGCGCUCGGACAUGGACAGCCACCUCCGCGACCUUUCGCUUCUGAAAUCGGAGAUGAAAUCAGAGACUGAAAGCACCGGCGCCAUGCUCAAGUCUCUCCAGUCUGACAAAGAGCAGCAAGCCACAGAGUUGAGUGCACUCCGCUCGGAGAUGGACGUCACACGCACCAGCGUUGCCUCCCAAAGAUCCGAGCAGGAGUCCCAGCGCUCAGCUUUGCGGUCCGAGCUUUCCCAGCUCACCGCUGACCUCAGCAAGGUUCGAAAAGAACACUGCGACCUGCGUGGCGAGUUUCACAAGGAGGUUGCAGAGCUGCGGAAGGAAACUACAUUGGAAGUCUCCGAAAAGCAAACUGCCAUUGACGACUUACGCAAGGAGCUUUCAGAGACCAAGAGCCAGCAGACGGGCCUUCAGAAGGAUUUGUCUGGACUACGUGGUCACUUUGGCGACUUGCGAAAGGAGCUUUCCUCCACACAGGGGCAGCUCAACGACGCGCGCAAGGACUCUUCCACAAUGCAAGGGCAGGUGAACGACUUGCGCAAGGACACCGCUUCCUUGAGAAGCCAGACGAGCGACCUGCUCAAGGAACUCCCAGUGCUGCAGGGCCAGGUGACUGACCUGCUGAAGGCACAGGAGGCGGCCGCCACCCAUGCCCAACGCACACAGGAAGACUUGCGAAAGGGGCUGAGUGCCACCGAGGGCCAGGUCAGCAGCCUUCAGAAGGAGAUGGUGUCUAUCAGGAGCGAGGCGAAGGACAUGUCUAAGGAUGCGCAGGAGCUUCAAAGCAAAGUGCGAGGCCUCCAAGAGGAAAGUUCGGAGACUUGCACGCGAAUGAACAACUUGCAGAAGGAGUUGGGGCAGCUACAAAGUCAGCUGAACGACGUGGGCAAGGAGAUCAUGGCCGCACAUGAGACCACAAACUCGCUCCGCCACGAGUCGCGAAGAGCCGCUGAGGAUGCGCUGGCCCAGCUGUCCAGCCAUCAGCAGGAUUUGGGGGCGGUCCAGGGCUCUGUGGCGGAGUUGCAGAGCUCCUUGAAUGAUGUGCGGAGCUCCGUGAAUGAUGUGCGGAGCUCUGUGAAUGAUGCGCGAGAUGAUGCACGGCAGGGCAUCGCCGAUUCAAACAGCGCACUGAUCGAAGUCCGCAAGGAGGUUGCCGAAAGUAUCAGCCACUCCGACGUGCUGCACCAGGCCUUGCGGCAGGAUCUGGACCAGCUCCGCAGCCAGGCGGCUGAGGUGAGAAAGGAUCUCACCACUGUCUUCCAGAUGGAGCUGGCCAGCCUACGAAAGGAGUUGGGGCAGCAAGGAGAAGAUCUCCAAGGUGCAUUGAUGUCCAUGCAGGCCAGAAUAAAGGAUGAGGCCGCCACGGAAAUCAGGAAGCUGCAAGGCGAUGUCACCAGUAUGGUGCAGCAGACAACGCAAAGACUGAAGGACGAGGCAGGGCAAAUGUCCUCAGCUCUCCAGGCGGCCAAAGAGGACGCCGCCGACUUGCGCUGCGAGGCCUGCAGUGCGAUCGAAGACCAGCGCCGUGAGGUCGAUGCCCAUCUCUCCAUGCGCAUCACGGAGGUGCAAGAGCAGCUCGAGAGGGAGUUCAAGGUGGCAGAUGCCAAUUUGCAUGCCGAAGUGGCGACUGCCGCCGCAAGUGACCGGUACAAUGUGGGGGUGGAGAUGGAGCGACUCCGAGCCGAUCUGGUGCAGGUCGACUCACUCCGAGCAGCUGUGGCACAAGUUCAGGAGAUGGCAAGCCGAGCGGGGUCCCACGAGGUGGUUGCGACACUGAGAAUUGACCCGACAUUCCUCCAGAACUUCAUGCCUGCCGACUAUGAGUUUCCCUUGGUGGCCAGCAGGUGCAUGGUCCGGCUGAAGCCCAACCGAAAGGGGGAAAGCCCUCACAGUCCACACAUUCGGAGUCCUCGGAAUGGAGAGAUGUGGCCCGAGUACAUCGGCAUCUUCUUCGGUUUGUGUGACACUCGUGUCGUUCUGGGCAACUCUGGCAACCGACUCUCCAGCUAUGUUUGUUCCGUACGGCUAGACAUCUUCGACCCACAGUCUGCCAUGUGGAUGGCGGUACUGGAGAACCCAGCACAGGAGCUGACCCCUGGUGGAGCCCUCCUGGGCUCACACGAAGCCAUUACAUGCCACCGUUUCAAGGAGUUGAUCAGCUCUGGCCUCAGCCCUGACAGAAAGCUCCUGGUGAGAGUUGUGGUGUCCGACGUGGGAUGUUUGCGGCUGCAGCAAUUCGAAGACACUUCUCCGACCCAAUAUGGGGGCUAUUAA